AUGUCGUUCGGAUUUGCUGUUGGGGACUUCAUUACUAUUGGAAAACUGGUAAAAGAAACCAUCAGCUGCCUACGGUCUGUAGGCAGGGCUGAGUUGGAGUACCAGGAGCUGGUCAGAGAUCUCAAAGCACUCGAUACGUCAUUACAAUACCUUGGUCAUAUCGACAACGACAUGAAUGCAUCCGCUCAUAUCAGCCCGAUCAAGACUGCUACUACGACUUGCAGGCUACGACUCGAAGGAUUCUUGUCAAGAGUACAGAAGUAUGAAAGAUCUAUGGGAUCCACAAAACACGCAUCUACUUUAAGGACUACAUCAGAUAAGCUUGGUUGGCAUUUUGGCCAGAAAGACCAGAUCGAACAACUUCGACGAGACAUCCAUAUCUGCCACAGUAUUAUCAGCCCACAUCUGGCCCAAUAUAGUCUCGAGCGCCUGGAGAUUUUACGUGCAACAACCGAGAUCGACUUUUCGCAUACUUCUGAACAGCUCUAUCAUACCCAGACCGCUCUUGAGCACAUCAAAAAAGGAAAUACAAGCCAGGCAGUCAUGCUGAAUGAUGUACAAACAUUGCUGCAAGACAUACAUCAGUUCGUCUUUGGUGACAUCAAACCGUACUUAAUUCGUCUCCUCCAGCUCAUCAGCAGUACCUUUACUUCAACGCAGCAGAUUUACGAGAUUCUGCUUGAUAUCCGGAACAUCAUAUCGGUAGACAGGCGCUGGACCUUCUUCCAGGCGCCUUUGGAAGUAGAAGAUGCCUUCGGAGUCAGAUUUCCCAUCCCUACAGAGUACGAUUACGACCUAAUUGAUACCGUCAUUCGCCACCGGUUCAAAAUUGGCGGGGGUUCCAUGGAGGUGAAGGCGGGAAAUUACGAACUGUGUAGGAAACAGAACCGUCUUGACAUCAUUACCGAGUCCUCACGUCUCCAGCCUGGAACUGCCAUCACGAUGUUCAUAAUCGUGAGCAGCUCGAUCAUUAAGCAGGCAGCAUGGCCCAUACCUUGUUGCGAGUCGGCAGAGGUCAUCCCGUGCCCCGGAGGGGGUUUUGGAUGGUGA